CGGCUUUCGCGCUGUUUGUCCAGUCCAACACCCAACACGUAGAAAUUGUAAAUGAAAAAUAGAAAUAUUAUGUGAAAUAUAUGUUAUUCAUGUUUCUCUUAUACAUUGCUAAUUUUUUAUCAGUCGUUUCGUGCAUUUAGUGCUACUAAAAGUAGUUAUUCAAGGGGUAUCGGACAAGUAACCUAUGACAGUGUUGGCGCUGCGAACGGUUUAUGGACCUAACAAGAAAGCUUGAUUAUUAAAAGAGUGAUGAGUUUUGCCCAAGCUAUAUCUAAAAUGAAGGAUACUGUCAACGAAUUCAAUGAAAAUAAAGGAAAAUCUACGCCAAUCGCAAUGGUGGCCCCCGAGGUGAAGCAAAGUGCUGAGGCGGACACAGAGAUCACCAAAACCUGUGCAGUCCUUGGCUGUGAUGACUUUAAGAACAUGAAUGAUGAUUCCUUCUUCAGGUUUCCCGAAGAUCCUCAACUCCGGCAAGUCUGGGCAGACCUGACUGGCCGGAACAACUGGACACCCACCGACUAUUCGUACAUCUGCAUCCAGCACUUCUCGGUGGACUGCUUUCAAUGCGAUGCCAAUAAUGACAUGGUGCUGAACAGCAAGGCGGUGCCGUCACAGAAGUUGCCUCAUCAUGUCCUUGAGGUGGAAUACAUAGACGAAGAGACGCUAGACAAUGAAGAAGACUACGAAAUGGAUUCCCAAGACGAAGACAGAGAUUCCCAGGACGAACACAAACCACAGUUCAACAACAUAUCCCACUCAAAAAUCUCCAACGGACAGGACCAGAUCGAGCUCCUUCGGCUCUUCACCGACGUCCAGAAAAUGCAACGACAAGCCGUCGGCUUAAGGGACAAACUCAGAUACAACAUGAGGAUCCACAACAGACAAGACAAAAAACUCGAAAGACUAAAGGAAACUAUAGAAAUAAAAAAGAACAUCCUGAAUCAGAAGCGGAAGAAAAAAUCAAGGAUACUACUUACUUUACAAGACAAAAUUAAGGAAGAUAAAAACGGUUUAGUUUUGGCCAUGCCGACUAGACAUACGGACGAUUUGAAGAACUUUGCGCUUAGUAUUUACAAAUAUUCGCCACAAGCGUACAUUUAUAUUAGGAAUACGCUCAGAACCAUGCUACCCAGCACGGAUGUGUUAGAGACGUGGGUAGAUGCAGGGUUCACAUCAAAAAAUGUCAUGACCAAUAGUAGUAUGAUUAAAGUUAUUUCUGAACAAACUGAUAAAGAACUGAGUUGCAAAGUUACGUUAGGAUGAUUAUUGAUGUAUUAUAAGAAUAGAUUCUGGAUAUUUUUGUGAAUAAAGACAUUUGAAAUGUUAGAA